AUGCUGUUUCUUGCUCGAAGAGCCGCUGGCAGCGGGGCUGUCGCAGCGUCCAGGGGACUCUCGGGGUUCCGAUCUGCGUCGAGAAGAAGUCUGCUGUCGACCCUCGCCAUUCUGGAGCAGAGAGAAGGUCAAUUGAACCAUGGCUCACUGAGCGCCAUCACAGCAGCAAAGAAGCUGGGUGGAUCGAUCCACGGCUUUGUAGCGGGAAGCAACAUCAAGGGUGUUGCCGAUGAGGCGGCAAAGGUUGAAGGUGUCGAGAAGGUCAUUGCAGUCAACAAUGCCGCGUACGACAAGGGUCUCCCCGAGAACUUCGCACCACUGUUGGUCGAGAACAUCAAGAAGGGUGGCUACACCCACAUCAUCGCUGGACACACUGCCUUUGGAAAGAACUUGAUGCCCCGCGUUGCCGCCAUGCUGGACUCGCAGCAAAUCUCCGAUAUUACUUCGAUAGAGGGUGAGAACACCUUCGUCCGCCCAAUCUACGCCGGCAAUGCCAUCGCGACAGUAGAAUCAUCCGACGAGAUCAAGGUUAUAACCAUCCGAGGCACGGCCUUCCCCGCGGCCGAAGUUGCCAGCGGCUCAGCUGCGGUGGAGGAUGGUGUUGAUCCCAAGUCUGACUCUGCUACUGAGUGGGUGUCAGAAGAUCUUGCCAAAUCAGACAGGCCAGACCUGGCUACCGCUGGGAGGGUUGUUUCUGGCGGCAGAGGCCUCAAGUCUAAGGAGGAGUUCGACAAGGUUAUGCUGCCCCUGGCCGAUUCUCUGGGUGCUGCCGUUGGCGCCUCCAGAGCCGCUGUUGAUAGCGGGUACGCUGAUAACAGCUUGCAAGUUGGACAGACUGGUAAGGUCGUUGCGCCUCAGUUGUACCUGGCUGUUGGCAUUUCGGGUGCCAUCCAGCACUUGGCUGGUAUGAAGGACAGCAAGGUCAUUGCCGCCAUAAAUAAGGAUGCCGAUGCCCCUAUUUUCCAAAUCGCGGACGUUGGGCUCGUGGGGGAUUUGUUCGACAAGGUGCCAGAACUGACUGAGAAGAUCAAGCAGUAA